AGUGCUGCUUGUUUAUUGGACUAUUGAAAAGUUUUAUGUGAAUAUUGUAUAAACUGAUUUUGUGUGUGUUUACUGUUUAUGAAAUGUUAUGGGACUCUUACCUCCACCUAUUCGUCAUUGCUGACGCUAUUGAUUGAAUUGUUUAACCACAUGAUACUUGUGUAAACUAUUAUGUAAAAUCACAUGCAUGCAAGCAUUUGUAUUCCUUACUGUAUUUUAUAUAUUAGGUUAUUGAAGGGUCAGUGCAAAGCCAAAAUUUAUUUAGUUAGGUGGUAUUUACUUAUUUAAUAUGAUCUUUUAUUUUUGUUUGUAUUUUUUCUGGACGAAUUUGGUGGUAUUUUCUCCACCAAUGCUGGCAAAAAUACCAUCAAAUUCUAGCCCGUGGAGGAGGGGCAUAUGAAAGGUGGCUACACUGAGCCACAGCGCCAGAGAUUGCGCCAAAGAGUAUUAUUCAGCCACCUCCACUGGCAGUUGCAGCUGAGAAGUUGCUGACGGCAGUAGUAGUUCUGAGGUAGCCGUAGUAAUAGUACUAAUUGUGACCAUGUCGUGUGCAGUUAUUCUGUUGGGCAAGACACCAGAUGUUGUUGGAUUGGGGAUGUUGUAACGAUAAGAGUGUGUUUUUCGUCAAUAUAUAUGAAGGAGGAAAUUAAGGAGGAUCUGGAAGAACCGGUGGUUGCGGGCAUGGAUAGAAACGAAGGUACAUCGAGCACUUCCGAAGAAAUUAGUAGUCAAGAUGUCGAUCAUCAAACAACGCAAGGCAAUAAAGUACCACCCACACUAAACAAACGCACGAAGGUAUUUGAUUCACCUAGAAAAAAUCAGAGAAAAAGGGCCGAAGAUCCUCGUAUAGGAGAGGCAUAUAAUGCACUACAAACUGCUCUAUCUAAAACUAGAGACGAGUAUGACGCAUAUGGAGAGUACAUAGCGAAUGUUCUACGGUCCAUGGACAACAGAACACGUGCUUUUGUUAAAAAAGAAUUUUCUGACACAAUUUUCUUCAAUUCAACAAGUUCAUGCCGAUGAGAAGAUGAAAAGCAACUUCCAACAGAAUAUACUUCUCCUUCUGACAACACCGAACAAGGCUCUCCACAUUUUGUGGAUCUGCUUGAUUUAUAAUAAUUAAAAGUAAUAAUCUUUGCGUUUAAUUGUUUCUCAUUCUUUAAAUCUAGAUGUUUUUAUUUCUUCUGCUUAUUACCUGAUGAAUAAAAGUGCAUUAAUAAUAAAA